GUGUCAUUUGAAGAUGUGGCUGUGGACUUUACCCAAGAAGAAUGGCAGACCAUGGACAAUACUCAGAGGACCCUGUAUAGGGAGGUGAUGCUUGAGACCUAUAACAAUCUGCUGUCCUUGGGGUAUUCCAUGACAAAGCCUGAUGUGAUCUUCAAGUUGGAGCAAGGAUCAGCACCAUGGACAGUGGAGAAAUCUGUCAAGCAGAGACUUCCAGAUCCCCAUGGAAAGAAUGAGCUGUUUGGUGCUAAUCAGAAAGGUCAAGAAAUAAUCUUCAGG